UAGGGACUAAAUAGCAAUAUUACGAAAAUGAAUUCUCUGUGUUUUCCUUUACUUUCGCCAUUUUAUUCCUCAAAGAAUUCAUCUUUAAUUCUCCUCCGAAGAACCAUUUCAGUAGCAGCUGACUACUAAGAACAGAAAACAGUGCGCCGCCAAUUACGGUAUAAAUCAUCUGUAGAAUUCCCGAAUAAUUUACUCGUUUAUCUUCAAUUACCUCGUUUAAAUCGAUAAAAAUGGAGGCGGCGAGCACUAGUGCGCCAUCAAUUUCAAGUUUAGAGCCAACGGACGACAUGGAAUUCGAUACGCACGAAGCAGCUUACGAAUACUAUAAAGAAUAUGCUAAAUCAGUAGGGUUUGGUACUGCCAAAUUGAGCAGCCGCCGCUCUAGGGCUUCGAAAGAAUUCAUCGAUGCCAAAUUUUCGUGCAUUAGGUAUGGGAAUAAGCAGCAAUCCGACGAUGCUAUCAAUCCGAGGCCUUCCCCGAAAAUAGGGUGUAAAGCUAGCAUGCACGUGAAGCGAAAGCCGACCGGAAAAUGGCACAUCCACAGUUUCGUGAAAGAGCACAAUCACGAGCUUUUACCCGACCAAGCCCAUUUCUUUAGAAGCCAUAGGAAUUUGGAUUCGGUUAACAAUAGUGAUGCUAGAGUCAAGAAGAAGAAAGUGUUGAAAAAGUACGGUGCUUAUCAGUUUUCGGGAACUUCUAUAGAGAAUGUGAUCCGUAGUCAGCAUGAUAGAGGGCGUUUUCUGAGUUUAGAGGAAGGUGGGGCCCAGUCGAUUCUUGAAUUUUGUUCCCAAAUGCACGAAGAGAAUCCGAAAUUCUUUUACGCGUUGGACUUCAAUGAAGAGCAUCGAUUGAGAAAUGUGUUUUGGGUUGAUGCGAAAGGGGUGGAUGAUUUCACACAUUUUGGAGAUGUGGUUUCGUUUGAUACGACUUAUUUUCAAAGUAAGUAUAGAAUUCCUUUGGUUCUUUUUAUUGGAGUGAACCAUCACAUUCAGCCCACAUUGCUUGGCUGUGGAUUGAUUGCCGAUGAGACAUUAUACACGUUUAUUUGGUUGUUGCAAUCUUGGUGUUUGGCUAUGGGGGGGAAAAGUCCUAGUGUACUACUCUCCGACCAAAACGAGGCUAUAAAAGCUGCUGUGCAGAUGGUAUUUUCGGAAACUCGGCAUUUUUUCCAUUUGUGGCAUGUUUUGGAAAAGAUACCUAGACAGCUCGAUUACCUUAACAUCUGGCACGAGACUUUCGUGGGAAAACUGAAUAAAUGCGUAUAUAGAUCGUGGAUUGAACAGCAGUUCGAGAAGAGGUGGUGGAAGCUGAUUCAGAAAUUCAAUCUUCAAGAACAUGAAUGGAUUCUAUCUUUAUACAAAGACCGUAAACUUUGGGCGCCUGCAUUUAUGAAGGAUGUUUCUUUUGCUGGAUUGUCCGCUGCUUCGAGAUCUGAAAGCUUGAACUCUUUCUUCGACAAGUACAUCAAUGCGGAGACUUCUCUGAGAGAUUUCAUAGGGAAUUAUAAAUCAAUUCUCGAAGACAGAUACGAAGAGGAGGCGAAAUCAAAUUUCGAUGCAUGGCAUGAAACACCAGAGCUGAAGUCGCCUUCGCCUUUCGAGAAACAAAUGCUGCUCGUUUACAGUCACGAGAUAUUCAAGAAAUUCCAAACGGAGGUUCUAGGGGCAGCAGCUUGCCAUCUGAAAAGAGAGAAGGAAGAUGGCUCAACCGUUGUGUACGGAGUGAAAGACUUUGAAAACAAUCAAGAUUUCGUCGUCGAAUGGAACGAACUGAAACUGGACGUACAUUGUUCGUGUCGUUCGUUUCAAUACAAGGGUUAUCUUUGUAGGCAUGGGAUUGUGGUUCUCCAAAUGUCUGGCGUCUUCAUCAUACCGUUCAAGUAUAUACUUCAAAGAUGGACAAAUGCCGCCACAAGUAGAAUCCCCCUUAGUGAGAAGCUGGAUGAAGUUCAAGCUAAGGUACGAAGGUACAAUGACCUUUGUAGACGAGCCAUAAUAUUGGGUGAAGAGGGGUCGUUAUCGCAGGACAGUUAUAAUACUGCAGGUGGGACCAUUAAUGAAGCUCUAAAACAAUGUGCAGAUGUAAACAAACCUUCGGAGAGUGAUUUGAGACCGGAAAUAUCUGCCCCUCUUGCCAUCCAAGGUGCUUCAGGGGUGAACCAUAAUGUCGGUGUAAACAAAGUGACAAGUGUGAACAAAGGUUCCAAGAAAACAAAUUCGGGCAAGGAGCCAGUAAAAAACGGUGGAAUUACGAGCAGAAAAGGGAAGGUGCCACUAGAGCCGCAAAUUGCUAAUGUCGGGACUCGGGGCAUUUUUCAGCACAUGGAUAUGCCUGGUCCCCUAGAAUACAAUUCAUUGUAUCCGAGGUUUCUCACAACAUUGUUAAAAGGUGGUGGUGAGAUGUCCAAAAGAAGCGUCGAUAUGCUCGGGGAGAUGUUAGAGGAAAAAAGUUGACGGUGCAAAGAUCAUCCAGAAGAUUUUUUUCCAUAGCGCCACAAAUCUUUCCAAUCCAAAUUUAUCGAGUAGUGCAGAUAUCCAUGUUUCGUCUGGUUCAGAAACGACUUUUCGGUCGAUGCGAUGCGAAAGUUGGUGUUUCGACCCCGGAGUGGAGGAAGAACAUGCUUGAAGGAAUUCAAAUCUAAGUAGAGGUACUCUAACUGGUUUCUUAUAUAAAUCGCGAUUAAUUAGCAGCUCCGUUUUAAUAAUUGAAGAUGUUACGAAGAAUCAAGAACUAAAUUAAUUGCAGAGAAAUCAUCAUCUAUCUUGUAUGGCCUCGUUUGGUUGGUAAGAUAAAGUCGUGAUUAGAUGAUUGACCAGUCCUAUCUUAGCAACCAAACGAGGCUUAGUACGUACGUUACUAUCAUAUCCAUUAUCAACAUCCUC